AUGGCGGAAUCGUCGACGGGAGACGCAACGGCAGCAAACGCCGCCGAUACUCUGAGGCUGGAAUUAGAGAAGACACUAACGGAGUUUCUCGAAGACGGAAGAGUCAGCAAAGAUCGCAGCGACACUGACGGAAGUUUCAACGCCUUGAAAUCGAUUGACGAGUCGAUCGGAAUCCUGAAUCGCCUGAGGGAAGUAGAAUCAAAGAAGCCGGAAUCUGAGAUCUCUUCGUCUUCUCCGGCUCCGAUUCCCAAAGUGCCGGACGAGUUUAGAUGCAGCCUCUCAACUAAUAUCAUGAGCGAACCUGUAGUCAUCGCUUCUGGGCAGGUGAUUUCUCCUCCAUUUUCUUUUGCUGAUUUUAUAUAUUUCCUGGAUUUUCUUUGGGAUUCUUGCUCGAUUUAG